UUUAUAUAUUUGUUAUCUCUAGUUUGUUUUCAAGCAGCUAUAAAAAUUUCAGAAUUUUUGGUUAAUUAUUUGUUGGGUUAUGGCUGGAAACGGCAAGGUCACUCAUUUUUUAGUUUACAGUACGUGGAUGUAUUUUCAAUAAUUUUGGGGGAAAAUAAUGAGAUUAAUUAAUUAUGUAGCAAUUCUUGUUAAUUUCCUCAAAGGAAUGAUUGGACCAGGCUGUCUAUCCCUUCCAUUAGCUUUUAAACAAGCUGGGCUUUGGACAGCCCUUUUCUUGGUAUUUUUUCUUGGUUUUCUAAAUUGUGUUUGUAUGAAUAAAUUGGUUAGAUGUGCUCAAAUACUUUGCAAAAGAAAAGGAGAUUCUUUCCUAAGUUAUGGAAAUAUGGCCUAUGAAGCAGUUUCUGGUAGUUUCCGUCCUGUAAGAAAAUAUGCAAGAAUAGCAAGGUGA